AUGGGCGGUUGGGACGAUUUGUCCGAUGAAUUGAAGCAAAAAGUAAUCGAAUAUUUGGAAUUUCGCUCACGGUACGGUUUCCCGAACAUUUUAUCGAUUUUCAACCGCGAAUUGCUUUUCAGAUUUCGUUUCCGUCUCGCCGCGAAAUCUGUGCAAAGCGUCGUCGAUUCGACGCCACUCCACAUUCCGCGCAUCAAUUUUAUUGUGAAAAGCGACAGCGACAUUCAGAUGACCGUUUUUCCGGGAAUCGACAAACGGAUCAGGAUCGAGUUGAGCAGGAAGCUGAAGGGCGGAGGAGGCGCCGAAUUGAGAGUGUAAGCGAUUGUUCGAAACAUUUUUGUGAAAAAUCGGCUUCAUUGACCGAAAACUGCGUGUUUCUUUUCGUAAAAAUGUCGAAAAAUGUGCUGAAAAUCAGUCAGUUCCGAUAAUUGUCAAAAAUCGAUAUUUAGAGUGAUUUUAGAGUCGAAUUUGUGUUUUUUCAGAAUGUUUUUAAUGGAGUUAUUCAGGCUGUGAAAAAAAUGAUUGUUUUCCGUUUUUUUCGGUUUUUUACGUCAAAAAAUCCAAUUCAGCGAUGUAAAAAAAAACGAAAAACAAACAUACGCUGAAUAGCUUCAUAACGGAAAGUUCAAGAAACUUUACAGAAAAAGGUUAUUUUGUGAGCAAGAAAACAAACUGAAAACGCGAAACCCGAUUCUUCCAAUUGACUCGUUUAACGCGCGCGAAAAUAAAUUUCGUGUAAAAGACGAUAAUUUGUCGAAAGAAAUGUUCUUCAGAACCGGAAACACGGGAGCUGGCUUGAAGAAAAACCGCGAAAAGACGAAAGAAGUGUCGCUGAACCCGUACUCGAUGGCCCUUGUCACUUUCAAACAAAUGACGAUGCAUCCGCAAACGCUCGUCCGAUUCGUCGAACUGCAAACGGAAACGCCGUGCGCCGUUUGGUACCGAACCGACGAGAUUCUCGGCGAUUCGUUCGAGUUUCGCGCCCACAUCCUCCGGGUGAAUUGGAAGUGCGACGUGGCACUGCAACACCACGUGGCUCGUUCCGAUCUGGUCGAGGUGCAGAGACUGAUCGAUCCGAAGAUGUUCACAGAAGUCCGCAACCCGAUCUCACUCGAUUCGCCGAAAAAGAUGCGAUUGUCCACGUUGACGAAGCUCAUAAAGUACAGAAGUGACAGAUCUCUCAACGAGAAACUCCUCGGACUCAGUGAGUUGGUUUAGGCCGAAGGCAGAUUAAAACUGGGCUUUCAGAUCAAGCGUACCACACGGGCAGAGUGCUCAUAAUUCAGUCGGGCGACUUUACGGUGACACCGAACUCGCAAUUGUGAGGAUUACGGUAGAACCGACUAGUACGGUAAUCGUUUUGCAGCGGAACCAACGACGAGAUUGUCUCUAUGAGGUUGUCCGAAACGAUCAGUGUUCGCAUCCGGAAAAGUCCGUGCGGAAUCACGAACAAAUAUACGCUCAAUUGUUGGACGGAAGAGGGAACAGAAAAGUGCGACAAACGAUGGACCUGCAGGGAACACGCCCAUCCCUUCGACUACUGGUACUACAAACAUGUGGACGAGGUGAGGUGCGCCGUGGCCUAGGAUCCGACAGUCUCUCGUUCAGAAUUUGAACUUUGCAAUGAACAAGAGCAUUGUCGUCGAGCAGAUCGUGCCGGUCUUCAACGGCCACUGCCCGAUCGACAAUUACUUCCACGCCACGGACAAGACGUACAAACUGUGGAAGAGUGGAGAACUGUCAAAGUUGGCGGACAUUUGGAAAUCGAUGAACAAGAGACACAUGGACACGGGAGGUUGGACAAAUAUGAUAUUUAUGGUCCUUGCAGUCGUCUCCCUCAUUGCUGCUUUUCUGUUUACUCGAUACUAA